CAGCGCAGCCGAGAUGUGGUUGCUGUCGGCGGUCAUCGCCGCUUCGCUGGCCGCUUCGCUGGCCGCGGCUGUGCGCUUCUGCUUGUACAAGCCGCUGCCUGCCGCUAUUCGGCAGCAAUGGAAACUUUGGCUGUUAGAUGACAUGAUCAAAACUGUCAUACGCCUGGCGCGUGCGAUGGAGUGGCUGGGCUUGGGCCACCACAUCACGGCCAGCCGAAGGACUUCCAAGCGCCUGGAGGGCACCGUUAAGAAGUUGACAGCCGGGCCUGAUGCGGGCUACUUGGCGGUCAGCGACGUGGCUUUCGACGGCGUCCCCGUGCGCAUUUACCAGCCCCAGACUGAAGGGCAGCUGAGGAGGGGUCUGCUCUACAUCCAUGGAGGAGGCUGGGCCUACGGCAGUCCCAGGGACGGCGCGUACGAUCAAGGAAGCCGCAAAAUGUCCAAAGAACUCGACAUGGUUGUGGUUUCAGUCGAUUAUCGUCUGUAUCCCGAGAGCCGCUUCCCGACGCCGUACCUGGACUGCCUCGCGGCCGCCAAGCACUUCCUAUCCCCGGAGGUGCUGGCCGAGUACGGCGUGGAUCCGCAGCGUGUCGCCGUGUCGGGGGACAGCGCCGGCGGCAACCUAUCGGCCGCCAUCGCUCAAGAGAUUGCCAUGGAUGACAGCAUGAGGGUGAAGUUCAGCGUGCAGGCUUUGAUCUACCCGGUCCUUCAGGCUCUGGACUUCAACACGCCGUCCUAUCAGCAAAACCGAGACAUGGUCAUCCUCAACCGUUCGGCCAUGGUCCAGUUUUGGCUGCAAUACCUGGGUGCCGACCUCUCCCUUAAGUCACACUUCUUCGCCAACCAACACAGCUCCAACGUGGCGCCGGAGCUGAUGGCUCGCCUGGAUUGGACCGCCCUCCUUCGGCCGAAGCACCGCAAUGACUACUUGCCAGUACGUGGCGAGGGGCCGCGUAGGAUGGAAAGAAUUCUGGAUGAGGUUCCAGGUCUGCUAGACGUGCGUGCAGCGCCUCUCUUGGCCGGACCCGAGGUUCUAGCCAAGUGCCCACGGGCCUACAUCAUGACGUGCGAGCACGACGUGCUGCGAGACGAUGGCCUGAUGUAUGCGCGCCGUUUGAACGAAGCCGGUGUGCCAGUCACGGCCGAGAACUACUCGGACGGAUUUCACGCAUGUUUCAGUCUCACCAUGUGGCCCUUCGCGUUCGACGUCGGGGUGAGGGCCUUUGCGGACUAUGUCCGGUGGCUACGCGACAACUUGUAGGGGCUUCAACUUCAUCUUUCCAAACGUAUCAUCUGAAAAUAUAUUUGAUCAAUAAUCAGGCCCAAAAAUUUGUAUUAUAAAACACUUUUUGUAGGCGUAAAAAGCAGGAUCAAAGAUGAUUUGACAUUAUCUUAAGGAAAAAAAUACACGGACCUUGUUUGGUGCAAAGCCUUUGCAGUCGAGGGGAUAUUUCCCAUUUUAGUAUUAAAAUAUAAUAAGAUAUAUUUCUGUACUCUGGUUUAAUAAUAAAAAAAACUAUAUACACAAAU